UAGUAAAAAAACAACCAACCAUGGAACCACCAAACACCUUGCCGAAAGAAAACCAGAAGCCAGAUAUAUAUAUAUAUAUAUAUAUAGAGAGAGAGAGAGAGAGAGAGAGAGAGAGAGAGAGUACUCAUGAACACAUCUAUCUUCUUGUCCCCAUCAUCUCAUGGUUCAAAUGUCUAAUUAGCAACACUUCAUUUCCCUUUUGUUUUAGCUAGCUUAGCUUAGCUUAGCUAUAUAUUAGUGUGAUAAUUAAUGACUGGUAACCCUUUCUGCAUAUCUCCCAUACCAGAUUGACAAUGCCAUCUGAUCUUGUUUCUUCUGUUUGCUACCCUUUUCAAAAACUUCCAACUUUCCUUCCCUUUGAACAUUUGCGGCCAUUAUUGGGACAUGAACCUUUCCAUUCUCUCUCUUUCUUCUGUUCCCUUUCCCCUCCCGUGUGGCUGGAACUGCAGAUCACAUUAUUGUACUGGUUCCUCUUUCUCUCUGUAUAAAUUUCCUCCCUUUAUAUGAAUUUGCUUCUGGGUUUUAAUCAGCUGAUCCAUCUGCAGGCAUAACCGAUUUAGGGUUUCCUUUCCAACCCUAGUUCCUAUUAUAUAUUAUUAUUAUUAUUAUUAUUAUGUGAUUCGAUUUUCAUAUAUUAUUAUAUUGAAUAUCUCAUCAUCAUUUCUGCAUAAGAUGGAGAUCUUAUAUGUAUAUGAUCUGAAUUCAAUUUCAGUCCUGCUAGCUAGUUUGAGUGAGUGAGAACUGAUUUGGGGAGGGAAGUAAAGGGAGAGAGAGCUUUCCUUUAGUCCAUACAUGGAAGGGAAUAUUAUGAUGAUGAGAGAGUGAGAAAAGGGGGUGGAAGUAGCUGCCGACUCAUUCACUCAUUCACCAGUAGUAGGGCAAAAAAUGGCGGAUUACUAAAGUGAGUGUGUGAAUGAAGCGGGAGAUAAUUCUACUAUCCCUCUCCUUCUGUGCUUGGACUGAAGGGAGCUCCUUCUCUCCUUCUCUCCUUCCUCUCACCCUCAGCCUUAUCAAGAUCUUUUUUCAUUUUGUUGUUGUUGAUGAGGAAGUACUUAAGGCAAACAAACUCCAGUCACCUUCACUGUGAUAGUACACAAUCUGCUCACCGAUUCCUGCAGCUGGAACCAUCUUUGUGCAUAUCUAGCCAAUGAAUUCACCCAUCAAAAUUAAGGGUAUGUCUUUAUUAUCUGCUGAUAAUCUAUUUUCUGUAGCACCUUCUUUUUUUCUUUUCUGUGUAUGUAUGUUUUCACUAACCCAUCACGCAUGUGUUAGUGUUGUGGUAUAUGAUUCACGAUGGAACCUCUCUCAACAACUCGAGUUAUUGAGAGCAACUGUUUCUUGACAUUGUAUCAGAGCCUUCUGUGACCAAUGAGGUCUUGUGUUCGAUUCCGGUGACCCCCAUUUGUUAAGCACAUGGUAUUCUAAUCUUCAUACCUGUGCAAACUUCAAGCCCUUAUGAGUGGCUUUCGUUUGAGGGGGCGUGUUAGUGUUGUGGUAUAUGAUCCACGAUUUAACCUCUCCCAACAACUCGAGUUAUUGGGAUCAACUGGUUCUUGACAGCAUGGACAUAUGUUUUAUUGUGUUGGGCAUAACGGAAAUGUAGUGAGAUCUUAGAAUCAAAAAUAUAGAAAAUGAUUUCACUCUAACAUUCACCUGCUUGUGAGCAUUCAAAAAUCGGUUUAUGGUAUUACUGCAGAUGUACAUGCAGCAGCAGCAACGCUUCUGUGAUGAGGAAGAUGCUUCAAUAAUAUUCCAACGAUCGGACAAGUACAAACCCUAGACCUAAUUUCCCCAUUAGGGUUCAACUAUAGCUAGCUAGCUGCUUUUGUUGAGAGGCACACAAGUAAGUAGUUCAAUAUAUUUUGUAGCAGACGAGGUGGUGAAAGUACAAGUUGAGGGUGGAUCCUUUUUCCUUUUCUCAAUGCUUUUUUUCAUCUGGAAAUGUGUUGCCUGGCUUGCUAGCAUUUUUCAUCCAAUUAUAUGCAGCUACCUGCCUCCCUUCCACUUCUAGCUAGGGUUUACAUGCAUGCCCACCACUUCUUUCCUUUCCUUUUGCUUUUUUUAACUGUCUAUUUAUUUAUGGGGUUUUGUGUGUUCUUGGAAAUGCAAGUGUUGGACUUAUUAUUAUGCAAGUGUUGGUAUGUGGCUUGGUGGUGGUGAUCCUUGGCCAGCUUUGUUGGGGCAAUUUGAAAUUACAAAUGUUGUUGUGGAGAAACGGGAAAGGAAUUUCAUUGUCUUUGGAAGGUGACUGACUGUAAUGAUGGGUAGGGUUUGCCAAAUAUAGGCCUGGUCUACUUAUCUAUAGCCUUGGUCCUGUUUUGGAAAUAGUCAUUGGCUUGCUAGCUGUUACUUCCUAUGUAGUAUUCACCCUUAAUCAUCUUGCUUUCUUGCUUGCAUGCUCUUCUUUUGGGUUUUAGUAGCUAUGGGUGUUGUCCAUGUCGUUUUGUCUUUUGGAGGCUAUACAUUCAAGCCAACUUGGUCAUGUUAAUAAUAGUAAUGAAUGAAUGUGGACAUGUGGUCCAUGUGUUGUUGUGACUUCAACCUUUUGGAGUCGCCCUAAUUGACUUGAUUCUAUCAAGCAAGUACAGUGGGAAACUAUUUAAAUAAUUAUUAGUUAUGGGCCCGACCAGAUUUAUACUCCAAUUGCGUAAAUAGUCGUAUGAAUUUGUAUGUAAGAUUCGCGCUUCUUUGUUAGUAUACGAUAAUCUAGAUCUUUUAAAUUAUCGAACAUUCAAAUUUGAUGGUAGCAUAAAAACAUCAAAAUUAUUAAAAAUACUUCAACCAUUCAAAAGGUUCAACAUCAUAGUAUUUUGCGACAUCCUAACCGAUUUAUCAUAAAUACCAUUUGUUUUCUCGAAAGUAAUUUGUGAUGAAGCUGCGCAAUAUUAUUCGAAAGUUUGCUAAAACAUACAUGGUCUUCAAUUCCACCUUCUGAAUCACAACUUAAAAUCUUCAUUCCAUGAUGUGUUGUAACUCGUGACAACGCAACAAAAAGUUGGUCGUGAGAGAACACAUGCUUUUUCAAGCAAAGCAAACUACAAUAAGAUAUUGUCUGUUAACCAAUGUGAAAUCCAAACUUUUGUAAUGAGAAGAAAAUUUAAUCUGAGGUAGAAAAACCUUAUGACCAAUAUGAGUACAUGUUAGAAUCUCCACUUCAAUAAACCAUGUGCCAAGUCUCUUGAUUAUCAUCCUUGUACCAUUGCAGAGACCUAUAUUUUGAUCCAUGUUUCUUAAUAAAAUAACGGGGAAAUUUUCAACCUAAUAUAAUGGUCUUUGAAAUUACUAAUCUUGAAUGUAUUGAGAAACUCACUGAAUAAUCUCCCUCAAUAUGAUGCUUGUUAUCGGGAUCAACCUCAAUUGAAACUAAACCACGAUAACAAACUUCAUCUCCUGGAACCCUUUUCCAUCACAUAAUUAGUAAUUUUCAAUACUUUUUCAUGAUGUGGAGAAAAUAUAGCACGAUGAACCACAUAAGUUCCUUAACUGUAAUUCAAAUGGAGAUCGCUGUACAAAUGAUUCACAAUUUCAUCAAUUUUAUCUCCUUGAUCAUGUUAAAUGCUCAAAGAAGUUGGAAUGAGAUCAUUGACUCCCCAAAAACAUUGGACCCCACUCCACCUACUGCAAAAUCAAUAUGUUGAAUUCUUCAAACUUAAUAGAUUCUUUAAGGCCUCAAUUUUCGGGGUAUAAUCUCAUAUUUUGAGAGAGUUUCAAAACUUUUAGUGAAGGCCAUAGUAUAACCUGUUGAUAGAAGAAUUGCAAUAUUUGUUUGGGUUCCCUUACCAAUUAAUGGCAAUAUUUUCUGAAAAUAUACACUGAACACAAAAAUUCCUCCAAAGGUCAUGUCUAUUCACUGCUUUAAUAUUAUGAUUAUGAGCUAUCAGAGCUUCAUCCCAAAUAAUAAGAGAAGCAUUAAAAAUCAACUAUGCUAACUCGCUUCCUUAUUCAAUAUAACAUGUUGAUUUUGAGUCACCGUCAAUUGAAAUGUAGAAUUGAGAAUGAGCAAUUCUACCUCCAACCAUUAGUAAAAGUUGCAAUAUCAAAAGAAGCAAUGCACAACACUAUUUUCUUUUCCGCCCAUAAUUUCAGACAAAUAACUUUCUAUAAUAAAUGUCUUCCCUAUACUUGCAAAUUCAUCAACAAAGAAGCAGUUCUCACUUCCUUCCUCCACAGUUUGAAUAAUUUAAUUAAAUGCCUACAUUUGCUCCGAAUUCAAUUUUGGAUACAAUGUACCGAACUCCUUCAUUAAAUAUUCUACAUUGUCAUGUAACUCUUUGACUAUCAUUCAAUUUUCAGAAUUUGACCUCAAGGCUCAAAUAACCCAAAUUAAUGUGCAAGAUAUACUUUUAUUUGAUAAUAUAAAGUAACCGAAAUUAUUCAAUUACCGAAAAACUCAAAAUCCACAAUUGAAAGUUAAAAAAUCAAACCCAUUCAAAUGAACCAAUUCGUAAAUCACACUUCAAUUUACUUCUCACUGUCAAAAUUUACAUACUUAUAUAAAGGACUACCUGUAUGCAAUGCAGUCAAAGUUGGAAUUUUACCUAAAAUUGAAAACUUGAGCAAAAUCAGAAUCGUAAACUCUUAAGAUUUUAAACUUCAUAUAGAAACUAACAUAUAGUAAUAUUUAUAAGGUGAAUUAUUAAUAACACAAAGACAAAUAACAUUUAAAAUAAUAAUUCUCAAGAUUAAUGUUUCAAACUCAUCAUUUUACUUAUUAUUUAAUGCAUAACUCAAAAUAAUUCUUGAGUAAGGGAUAGAGCUCAUUGGGGUUUGGGCCUAGGGAUGGCAACAAAACCCGAACCCACGGGUACCCACCCGACCCAACCCGGUCAACACGGGUUUUACCCGUGUUGACGGGUUUUGGGCCGGGUUUGGGUUUAAACCCGCUACACUAUUCAUCGGGUCGGGUUGGGUUUGGGUUUAGGUAAACCCGCCCCAUGCGUACCCGCCCACACACAUAUAAUUACUUUCCCGGUAUAUUUAAUACUCUAAAUAAUAUAUCUUCCUUGAACAAUUAAUAUUCUUUAUGUUUGUGGAGACAUAUAUAAUUUGUUGUUUCUAAUUGUUUAGAAUGAAGUUGAUAUUAUGAAGUGGAGAGUGAAGAAACUUAGUUGACGAGUAAGAAGCUUUCAAUUAAUCUUAUUGUUUAUAGAUGUUUAUCUUUAAUUUUGAUCAAUUUGUAUUGAUCAUUUGCGGUUUGCUUGUAUGCUCUAGAUUGGUGUUUUUUGUAUGAAUAAUUUGUAUGAGAAAAUUAAUGUUAAACUAUUAUUUUGAAAGAAACUUGUUAUUGUAAAUUUUUUACCACAAAAACCCACGGGUACCCAUGAACCCGCGGAUACCCAGCGGGUUGGGUUGGGUUUGAGUUUUUCAAACCCAGCGGGUUUUACCCCGGGUUUUUUUAACGGAUAAACCCAUGGGUUUGGGUUUGGGUUUGACAAAACCCGCCCCAACCCGACCCAUUGCCAUCCCUAUUUGGCUCUUGUUUUUCAUGUUGUUGUCUAGGUAACUCAAAUUAGUUCUUCAUACCGUUUAAUUCCAACAUUGUCUGCUAAGCAUGAUUUAAAAUUAAUAAUAAAUGAAUUGCAAUCGAAUCAUUAACUUUAGUGGCAUGGUACAAAUACAUUUAUUGAUCAAUUAAUUAGUUAAUAAUGAUGUUAAUUCUUAUGUACGUACAAUAUUAGGACAACUAUUUUACCGAUGAGUUCAAAAGGGCGAAGGAAAAGGGAUUGACCGAGCCUUAAUUUGGUUAUAAUUUUCUCUUUUCAAAUAUUUUUUAAUAAGAAAAAUACCUGAGAAGCUUCCAGUUAGUGCCCUUUCCUCCGAAGUAGUUUCAAUUCUUUUAAAUUUGCUCAAACAACCUAUUUUGUUCUCAUACAAUUUUAUUCUCAAUUUUGAUACAAUUUUACGAUUUUAACGGUUUUAAUCCAGAUUUUAAACAAAUUUAAGUUCUAGCGAUUUUAUAGUAAAAUCACGAUUGAGAUUUCUAAAUAAAAUCCCAAAAUCGUACGACUUUACUAUCGAAAUAUUGAUUUUGAAUGCAUUGCCUGUAUUUAAUGAAGUUAAAAUCAAUAAUACAACUCGAGAUAUUCAAAUAAUUUAAUGUUUAAGUAACAAAAAUGUAUUGAAAUCUUAGAGUGUUAUAUAUGGAAUCUUAAAGCAUUAUAUAUGGAAUCUUCAAAUUAGCAUUCACCAUAUUUCAUUUAAUAUAUUUCAAAAAGCUAGAUUUUUUUUAAUUUUGAUGAUAAUCUUAUCCACUUUGCCUAAAUAAAAAUAUGUAAAAAAUCCAAAACACUAAACACACGUCUCAGUCUCACACUUAAACUUCACAAAAAUCAAUUUUACAAAUAAAGAAUAAUAAAAUUAGUACUUUAGCUUUAUUAUAUGAUGGAGGCCCUCACUUAUUCCCAAUCGUGUCGCUGAAAGUCUGAAACAUGAGAGUUGAAUUAAAGACAAAUACCUUAGAGCCCCUCCCUGUUCUGCGCAGGAGGCAGAAAUGUUGGAUUUUAUGGGGUUCCGGAGAAAAACCUCCAUAUCGUAAUUGUUAUAUAUGGACCACAAAUAUAUGUUCUAGUGGAUUUUAUAUAUAAAAGACUUUACCAAAUCUCAAUAUAAGACCAUAUAUUCGUCACUUAGGAGUGUAGUUCGAUGCAAAAUCUUGAUAUAGGAACGCUGAUGAUAUUGCCUAGUCUUAAUUUGGUGUUUACAAUAUAUAUAAAUUGGUGAUAUGAUUAGCUAGACUCAUGAAAAGUUUUCGUGUAUGGUAUCUUAGUAAAAUAUUUUUCAAUAUGUUCUUAUCGACAGAGUCAGAAGUUUGAAUGAGGAGUACUGAUUUGAAUCGUGACAAUUAGGGGGAGAAAAAGCUAUGACCUUACUGUUUUCUAAAUUUUUACAAAUUUUACAUCUAUACGGAUUGUUUUAAGUACCCUUAUAAUUUCAUUCAUUCAGGACAUUGUACAUAUGGAUGGAUAUGAUGCAGUAGUUCAUCCUCAUCUGGUUUCGUCAUUGUUCUACGUACCGUCGUUCUCUUUGUCGUGGUUGUAUUAUACAGACGCGAUUUCUUGUAAUUGCCCAAUCGUUUCUGGGCUUUCGGUUGGGCCUUUCUCAAAUCCUAUUUACGAAAGGGAUUUGAUUUUCGCCUGGAGUGGAUUCUCACUACGAGACGAGGAGUCAUAAGCUCCAUAUUAUUUAUCUCAGAUUGGAACAUGAAAUUUUCUUUUUGCUCAUUUUAGUGCAUGGAUUUCCAAUCGAAUGAUCAUCGCAACUUUUAUUUAUAAAAUAUAAUCAUAUAUAUUGAUCAAAUAAUAGAUAAUUACAUCCUGAAAUUUAGCCAGGCCAUAAAAUCAAAGAAGCGACUCGUAAUCGGAUACAAUUGAAGGGCCUUUCUAGUUACCAAGUGGGCUACCCUAAUACUUGUUCGAAUAAGUUGACGACUUUAAUGUUUUAAGGCCUUUCUAUUGAGAAAGCUUGGAUACAAAGAAGACAGUUGUGUAGUGGCAGGAGCCAAAAGUAGUUAGAAGGAGUCAUAAGCUCCAUAUUAUUUAUCUCAGAUUGGAACAUGAAAUUUUCUUUUUGCUCAUUUUAGUGCAUGGAUUUCCAAUCGAAUGAUCAUCGUAACUUUUAUUUAUAAAAUAUAAUCAUAUAUAUUGAUCAAAUAAUAGAUAAUUACAUCCUGAAAUUUAGCCAGACCAUAAAAUCAAAGAAUCGACUCGUAAUCGGAUACAAUUGAAGGGCCUUUCUAGUUACCAAGUGGGCUACCCUAAUACUUGUUCGAAUAAGUUGACGACUUUAAUGUUUUAAGGCCUUUCUAUUGAGAAAGCUUGGAUACAAAGAAGACAGUUGUGUAGUGGCAGGAGCCAAAAGUAGUUAGAAGGAGUCAUAAGCUCCAUAUUAUUUAUCUCAGAUUGGAACAUGAAAUUUUCUUUUUGCUCAUUUUAGUGCAUGGAUUUCCAAUCGAAUGAUCAUCGUAACUUUUAUUUAUAAAAUAUAAUCAUAUAUAUUGAUCAAAUAAUAGAUAAUUACAUCCUGAAAUUUAGCCAGGCCAUAAAAUCAAAGAAGCGACUCGUAAUCGGAUACAAUUGAAGGGCCUUUCUAGUUACCAAGUGGGCUACCCUAAUACUUGUUCGAAUAAGUUGACGACUUUAAUGUUUUAAGGCCUUUCUAUUGAGAAAGCUUGGAUACAAAGAAGACAGUUGUGUAGUGGCAGGAGCCAAAAGUAGUUAGAAGGGGCUGCUGAUAUGUAGGACGUGGGUUAGUGGUUAGAAAGUUGAGACGGGUUUGCAGCUUACAAAUUCUAUUUAUGCUUGUUUUUCCAUUCAAUAAGAUCAAGUCAGUUUUUGCUCCAUUUUGUUUUACACUGUGGUAUCAGAGCCUUAUACGGUAAACCUAAGUGAUCCGAGUUUCGGUGGCGGUGGCCAUGUUGGUCAUCACCCGCCUAUUGAGUGAUCAAAAGAAAGUAGUAAAGAAGCAAGUCGAGGUCCUUAAACGAGUUAGGGAUUCUGCUGAUAUGAAUUUGUCGAUUAGGGUGAGUGAAAUUGAAGUUCUGAAAGUUGAGAUUGAGCAAAUUCUUAGUGAGAAGAAUGUGAUUGAAACUAAGAAGAGUGAUCAGAUCAUCAAGAUUGGUUGUUUGGAGGAAGAAAUUUCGGGAUAGAAGGAUUUUGCGUUGAGUUAUACGAUUGAGAAUGGCCUCCUAACAUUAAAGUAGUUUGUUUCUGCAACAUCUGCGAUACUCUCAUCGUACCGCUAGCACCUCCAUAAACGCCACCAGCGGAGACUGCAACGAGACCUCUAUGGCGAGCUUCUAGGAUUAUUGUUCUUCGUACGACGAGAAGGACCUGUUGGAGAAGGCCAAAUAGAAGAAGUCGGGGCAGAAAGUGUGCCAAUGUAAAAAGGGGAAAACCCAAAAGAAAAGCACAAAUCAGAUCUUGUGCUGAAGUUGGCAAGUUAAAAGUGAAAACCAGUCAUGCGUUGAAGGUGUUCGAAGAAACUACCGACUAGGAAUAAGAAGGGGAGUUAGGUUCGUGAGGAGAGUGGCCUGACUAAAGUUGCAUAGAGUGAAGGAGUUGAAGCUCUGGAAGAUGUAGAGUCUUAGUCGUACUUGUGCUUGAAGACUGCAGAAGGAAGGGUUGUUCCAUGGUGAGACACCAUCGAGGAGAAUGGUGGUGGAGGAAUGGGAAGGUUGCGCAAGUCACAGGGGAAAGAGUAAGAAGGAGAAGAGAAGAUGAAGGCAUGGCGAUUGAAGAGAGAAUUUGGUGGUGGUUGUUAUUCAUCAUUGUUGGAAUCAUUAUCAUCCGAGUGAUGUUGGGGUUUUCCAGGUUCCAGAGUGGUUCAUAAUUAGCUCAAUAAAAAUACAUAUGGGCUAUGGCUGUGGGAAGGAAGUGAUUAAUGGUGGAAGGAAAAUUACUGCUAAGAGUUGGAGAAGAAGAAGAUUGCAGGGGACGAGAAAUGGGCAUUGUAAAUGAAAAUUCUGCUUCACAUUGUUGGCCAAUAGGGAACAAAGAAUCAUACAGCCACGACUCACUGAGCGGGGACUUGGUGACACCCAAGAGAGGUGGAGUCUAUAGUUUGGAGUUCAUCUCUUAGUUGUGAUGGCAGAAAAGCGGCCGCUUCAGGUGAAGAAUUCGCCCAUGUCGGAGUUCCAGCGAGCUAACCUAAUACAUUGGAGAAGAAGGCAGUAGAAUGAGGUUGAAUCUUUGAAGAACCCUAAUGGUGUGAUUGAGAAGAAUCUUGCAGAAGCUCUUCUUGACAAGAUGAAGUACCUCAUGAUUGUUUAUGAGAAGACCAGUCAGCAUGAGAAGAUUCCAUCUGUAAUACAGGAAAUGAAGGUCGAUAAUGUGAUGACUGAAUUUUUUUCUUGCAACAUGUAGAUGAGGAAUCUGGCGACUGCCCGUAAUAUAUCCGGUGUUGAGAAAGUGAUUGAAGAAAUGGAGGAGGGAUGGUUCCGGGCGCUUGUUUGUAAUUAAGAGGAGUUGGUGUCAUGACAAUCUAACGAUUAUAAUUAAUCAAAGGUGCUACUAUUGUGACUGAGUAUUUCAUCGUACUCAAGGUAGCAGUUGCUGGUCAGCAAUGGUGAUGUGGUGUACCAGUAGUUGAGAGUUGGGAAAAGUUGCCGAAACCAAAGAUCAGGGAUCCAAACAAGAAAGAAACGAUGGAAGGAGCUCGAUAUUACAGAUUGGAGCUCUUAUUGUUGGUUAGACUCAAUUGAUCCAGUCGAAAAAUGAUUAAGAGGAAGCUGGAUAUGGUGAAGGCAGAAAUGCAGCAUCUUCUGUCUUUCUCCAGAUGCAGUGAUUGAAAGCAGAAGGUGGUAAUAGUGCACUGAACUGAAGCUUUCUUCAAUAGGCUUCAGUUGAGGGGAGGAAUGACAACUGCGAUAACUAUGCAAAAGAGUUGGGAUGGGUUCUGUGAUUGUCUACGUUUGCCUUUGGGAGCUGCAACUCAAGAAGAAACAAGCAAAGUAAGU